AAGAAACUUCUGAAAAGUCGCGAAGAAAAACCCAACCCAGUCCAACCCAUUCAAUUCAACAUCUCUCUCUGUCUGGAAAUCAGGGAUAGUGAGAGAGAGAGAGAGAACACCGCUUCAAUCAAAAUCAUCGGAAGGAAGAAGGAAGGAAUUCUAUGGAUCAGCUUAUGGGAAAGUUCGGCAGUUACUGGCUCGGUAACAAAGCCAGCAAAGAACUCAACUCCGUCGGUGACGAUAUCAACAGUUUGCAAAGUAGUAUUUCUGGUGGAGCAUCAUGGUUCGUCAACAAAAUGAAAGGAAAAAUGCAAAAGCCACUGACCGAACUACUUAAGGAAUAUGACUUGCCAGUGGGUAUUUUCCCUCGUGAUGCCACAAAUUACGAGUUUGAUGAACAAACCAAAAAGCUUACUGUCUUCAUACCCACUAUCUGUGAAGUCGGUUACAGGGAUUCAUCUGUUUUAAGGUUUUCAACCAGUGUAACCGGUUAUCUUGAAAAAGGGAAGUUAACCGAUAUAGAAGGACUCAAGACAAAAGUUAUGAUUUGGGUUAAAGUAACUUGCAUCACCUCUGAAGGAUCCAAGUUGUAUUUCACUGCAGGUUUGAAGAAGGCCAGAAGUAGACAGGCGUACGAGGUUUGUAGGGAUGGUAUUACGGUCGAUAAGUUCUGAGUCGCCCUGGAAUUAUGGUAUGUUGAUCAGACGCUUUUAUGUUGUUUUUUUCAUCAUGUGAAAACUAUGAACCCCAAUGGAAGUGUUAAAUGUUUGGUUAUGUAUGCCUUAAGUGUGGAUGAAGUAAUGAAAGUUGUAUAGGUUCUGAAUGUCUUGGUGAUUUGAUGGAUU